AUGAUUAUCAGGACACCGACUAGAACGAAGACUAAAUCAUUCAAAGGGGAUCAAAUGGAUUUCAAGUUUCCCUCCAAUGAGAGUAUACACAGUGGUUCCAAGUCAAUUGAUUUGAAUAACCACUACCUGCUGAACGAAUCCCUUGGUUCUCAGGGCAAAUCAGCGAAAGUGGAGGGCGGCCUUACUGUCAGUUCACCCAUUUUAUCAGAUUACACGACAGGGUCAAAUACAAACACAAACGCAGUAUCCAACUCUUCCAAUGGGUACUACUUAUUUGCGAACAUAUCAGAUAAUACCACUUCGCCAACUUUCUUCCAAGAGCAGGCUCACGGAGAGGGUACUUCCUCGACGCACUCCGAUACGGUGUCCCUCCUACACCUCAAUAGACCAGAAAAAUCUGCUACGGUGUCCCCCGAGAACAAGAGAAUCUCUCUAAGCCACCAGAACACCAUUAUGAGCUCCAUCCCUGAGAACUCGAUACCGAACAAAACUAAUACCUCCAUAGCUCCGGCAAGUAAUGUCUCCUACGAUAUUAUAUCGUCGAGAACAAUGUCCCACAAUAAUAUUAUUCUUCCCUCGUCAUCCUCCUCGUCCUCGAUGAGUACAGCUUACUCUAGGGGCUCCCUAAGGAAAGGUGUCCCCUCCGUCAAGAGGACAGCAUUGCAUUUAUACAGGAAACCUAGCAUGAAGAGAGUGGAUUCGGUGCGGUUCCCCUCAGAUUCGACAAAUGGACAUAGUAUGGGGGGUGUUCGCAAAGUGACAAAGAACGUGGCCCCCCUAGAUGAGGAUAAACCAUUGAUCAGCAGUCCCUCUCAAUUGAAGAGACCGACGAGGCCGUUGAAGAGGUCUAAUGCGGUAAAAUGUAAAGGUGGGUUACUACGGUACUUCGAGUUGCUAGGGAUCAGAAUCAAGAAAAGUUUGAACAAGUUACGGAUUAUAGUACGGAGGAAGCUGUUUUCAUACAAUAGGUCCUCCAGCGUCCCCUCAAGUACGAAGCCUAGGGGCAAGAAACUUGCCGAGAAGAAGGCGAAGAAAAGUGCCGCGGGGGCAAGUUCAAAGAAGCUGGAUGAACUCAAGAAGCAAAAUAGUGUGCCUUAUACACCCUCUAGAAGGGCAUCCUCCUCAGGGGAUGUCGGCUAUGUCUCCAAAUUGAAAAGAUCUGCCUCUCAAAGAAUGUUGAAACAGUUACCGGUCACCCCCAAUUUGGACGAUGAGCCUAAGCUACCAGAGGGGACAGUUCCAGCGAAGAGUAACACUCUGAGAAGAACCAACUCCAGCAUUAGAAGGGCCGCAUCUAUUUUGACCGCCUCAUCCCCCUCUACGGCGCCCUACCAGCCUUCAAAUCCUAAUCUCAGAAACUCGUACAUGGACCACUCCAACGGGUCUGGUUUCACUGGCCGCAGUUCUCACUUGGUAAAAUCCGCCGGUUCCAAAUCGCUGAAUCUACUGGCUAGACAGCAAUCAAUUGUGGUGAAGAAUAAAGUGAUCCCCUUGACGAUGAACCGGUACCCCUCCGCAGACAAGAGUGAGAAGCCGCACAACGACUUCGAAGCGGAGCACGAUUUUGCACCCAUCCAGGAGGAGGAGGAGAACGACACCCGUUCCGUCUCCAGUAUGGGGUCCUCAAUCUUCACCGAUGUAAAGACUCACGUGGACGAGCCACAAGCGAGCGAGACGGUAGAUGAACAAGAUCUCUCUCAGAUGAAGUCGGAGAUGGUAGGGAUGUUGAGCGAGUACUUGACCCAGAUCAUCUACAAGAGAAUUGCCGCAAGAAUACAGGAGGUCCAGUGGGAUAACUCCCGCGCGGCUGAACAAGCGGGCGAGCUGCCCUACGGGAAAUUCUUGGACAACUUACUCAGCGACUACGAGGACAGCGAAGAUUUCGACUCGGACGCCAGUUCAUACACCACCGUAUCUACAGGAUCCGACACUGUAUCUACAGGAUCCGACUACGAGGAGAGCAAGUUGUAUACUGUCCCUGAAACAGCGAUGCCCGAAUUGACCUCAGCCGUUCUUGCAUCGAAACCGCUGUUCGGCAGAUACCAAGACACGCUACUGCACUCGUCUGCCGUUGCAGCAUCGGUCCACAGGUCCUUGACACUACCCGUAGGGUUAACCAUCUGA